CCCGUUAAUAAAGUCUCCCUCUGUCUCCCACUCACACCAGAGAGAGAGAGAGAGAGAGAGAGUGUGUGAAAGAGAGAGCACUUUAAUAAAUGUCUUACUGACUCGCCGUCGCCGGAAAACUCAUACUCAUACUCAUACUCUCUUCGGCGGAUUUCCCUCUUAACUCUUUCUUAAGCUAAGGACAAUUCCCCGGCACCGGCGGUUUCAUUCCUGGAAAAAUCUCAACUCACAUUUUCUGCUGCUUUUAGUUUGAAGGUCGAAACUUCUUCUUCGAGUUCCUUUCUACUUUAGCUAAAUUCGACUCCCACCGAGCUGUUUUUUUCAGUAGGUUUAUGCGCUUUUUAUUUUUCUGUUCUCCGUCUGGGUCUUUAAAAUAUACUCUUUUUAGCAGAUUUGGUCCUCGUUUCAGCUGUAUUUUGGAAUUCUAGGGUUUUGUGUCUUGAUUUUUUGAUUAAAUUUGUCACUGCUGGGGACCCAUAUCUUGCCUAGUUAGUUGUAAUUGGUCAUUUCAACUCCUAUUUUGGAAUUUGGUUUUCUUGUCUGUUUUUUUCUCUUCAGUUUGGUCAUAGCAAACCAAACAUUGUCGGGCCUUGUCUUGUCUAUGGAAUUAUAAGCAACAUUGCUUUGGAAAUGAGAAAGUUGUUUGUUAAUGUGUUUUUAUUUCUGUUGGUGACCGUGUUUGUGGAAGCUUUGAACCCAUCUUUGAAUGAUGAUGUACUGGGACUAAUUGUGUUCAAAUCGGACGUUGAAGAUCCAGAUGGAAAGUUGAAUUCUUGGAAUGAAGAGGAUGAUAGUCCCUGUAACUGGAAUGGAAUCAACUGCAACCCCAGAUCCAAUAGGGUGUCUGAAGUUGUUCUUGAUGGAUUUGGUCUAUCUGGAAGGAUAAGCAGAGGCCUUUUACGCUUGCAGUUUCUUCACAGACUUUCACUAGCAAAGAACAAUCUUACAGGAAGUAUCAGUGUUAGUCUUGCUCAACUUGCUAAUCUCAAGUUUCUUGACUUGAGUGAAAACAACUUAUCUGGUAACAUUCCUGGAGAUUACUUUCAACAAUGUGGGCCGCUUAGAUCAAUUUCUUUGGCCAAUAACGUAAUUUCAGGGCAGAUCCCAGAAAGUUUGAGCUCUUGUGUCACACUUGCGUCUCUUAAUCUAUCGUCAAACCAGUUUUCUGGGUUGGUGCCUUCUGGGAUUUGGUCUUUGAAUGGACUAAGGUCUCUUGAUUUGUCAAACAAUUUGUUGGACGGCGAAAUUCCAGUGGACAUUCAGGGUCUGAGUAAUUUGAGAGAAUUAAACUUGGGGAGAAAUCUUUUCAAGGGUGAAAUUCCGGAUGGAAUUGGAGGUUGUUUGCUUUUGAGGUCAAUUGAUUUGAGUGAAAAUUCUCUUUCUGGAGAGCUUCCAAGCACAAUGCAGAAGCUUAGCCUGUGUAGUGAAUUCAUUUUGAGACGUAAUGCUUUUGUGGGCAUUGUACCAGAAUGGAUUGGAGAACUGAAAAGCCUUGAGAUUCUUGAAUUUUCUGAGAACAAAUUCUCUGGUAACAUUCCAACUUCAAUAGGGAAACUUGAGUCACUGAAAGUAUUAAAGGUGUCGCAGAAUGGGAUUUCUGGAAGCUUGCCAGAAUCCUUGAGCAGUUGUGUUAAGCUUCUGGAAUUGGAUAUUAGUCAUAACUCUUUGGCGGGCACCAUUCCUAAAACUUUGGGCCAAUUAAAAUCCUUGAAUAUUCUUGACUUGAGUGAAAAUCGGUUAUAUGGUACUGUCCCUGCGGAAAUUGGAGGAACAACAUCUCUCAUGGAACUUAGUCUGGAGAAAAAUACCUUGACUGGAGAAAUUCCUAGUUCAAUUGGCAAUUGUUCUUCAUUAGUCUCCUUGUCUUUAUCACAUAACAGUCUAACUGGUCCUUUACCUGAAGCCCUAGCUAAACUGACUUACCUUCAAAGUGUUGACUUAUCCUUUAACAAAUUAACGGGAGUCUUACCAAAGCAGCUUGGAGAUCUUGGCCAUCUCUCUUCAUUCAACAUUUCACACAACCAGCUACAGGGCGAGCUACCUUCUAAUGGUUUUUUUAAUACUAUUUCUCCUUAUUCUGUGUCAGCAAACCCAUCUCUAUGUGGGGCUGCUGUCAAUAGGUCUUGUUCUACCGUCAUGCCCAAGCCAAUUGUUCUGAAUCCCAACUCCACUGAUUCUUCUACUCCCAGCGCUGUCCCGCAGAGUAUUCGCCAUGAGAAGAAAAUCCUAAGCAUCUCUGCCCUCAUUGCUAUUGGUGCAGCUGCUGUUAUUUUUGUUGGUGUGAUUGCCAUUACUGUGCUCAAUAUUCGUGUCCGGUCAGUGGCACCGCGUUCUGCUACUGCAGCCCUUACAUUUUCUGGCGGAGAUGAUUUUAGCCAUUCUCCAUCCACUGAUGCAAAUUCUGGUAAGCUUGUCAUGUUUUCUGGUGAUCCUGACUUCAGCACAGGGGCACAUGCUCUGCUUAACAAGGACUGUGAGCUUGGGCGAGGUGGUUUUGGAGCAGUGUACCGCACUGUCCUUGGGGAUGGGCAUCCAGUGGCCAUUAAGAAGCUUACCGUCUCCAGUCUUGUUAAGUCUCAGGAAGAUUUUGAGAGGGAAGUUAGGAAAUUGGGAAAAGUCCGUCACCAUAAUCUUGUCACCCUUGAGGGUUAUUAUUGGACACCAUCUUUACAGUUACUUAUAUAUGAAUUUGUGGCUGGUGGAAAUUUGUACAAGCAUCUCCAUGAAGGUUCUGGUGGGUGUUUCCUCUCAUGGAAUGAGCGGUUCAACAUCAUUCUCGGUACAGCAAAAAGCUUGGCUCACUUGCACCAAAUGAACGUAAUCCACUACAAUCUAAAGUCCAGCAAUAUCCUGAUUGAUAGCUCUGGUGAGCCUAAAGUUGCAGAUUAUGGAUUAGCAAGACUGUUACCCAUGCUUGAUCGAUAUGUGUUGAGUAGCAAAAUUCAGAGUGCACUCGGUUACAUGGCACCUGAAUUUGCAUGCAAAACUGUGAAGAUAACCGAGAAGUGUGACGUGUAUGGAUUUGGAGUCCUUGUCCUGGAGGUAGUCACUGGAAAGAGGCCAGUUGAGUAUAUGGAGGACGACGUGGUAGUGCUGUGUGACAUGGUACGAGGAGCAUUAGAAGAAGGCAGGGUAGAAGACUGUAUAGAUGCAAGGCUGCAGGGAAAAUCUCCAGCAGAUGAGGCGAUUCCUGUCAUGAAGUUAGGAUUAAUCUGCACAUCACAAGUUCCAUCCAACCGGCCUGAUAUGGGAGAAGUUGUUAACAUUUUGGAGCUGAUACGAUGUCCUUCAGAAGGCCAGGAUGAACUUGUAUGAUGUUCACUAGAUUAAUAGAGAUUGUAAGAUAAAUGUCUCAUCCUGGCCUGGUUGAUUUUAUUUAGAGAAGUUGGAAUUUGUUGUUGUAGAAUAUUUUGCUCUUAAUUGUUAUAAAAUCCCUCCUUUGAAUUA